AUGAAUCUGAUCAGAUAUGACUUUGAGGCUUCGCCAUAGGUAGUCGGCGGCAUGGGUCGGCAUUACCGGUUUUUUCUUUGAAUAAAAAUUCGCCCCAUGAGGAGAAUUAUGGAUGUCCUACAAAACAAAGAGCGACGAUAAAAAGGGGUGGAGCGAGUAUAUUGUUGAUAACCACAUCACAGGAAAAGGAUUAAAGUACAAUUCCUCAGAGAAAUCAUGGCCGCCACAGAAGCAGGAAUAUUGACGCGCAAAGGAUUAGAGGAUAUGUUUGUGCCAAUAUUGAGAAACUGCAAGAACAUGGCUACCAUGAAGAAAAUACACUCCCAAGUGGUGAAAUUCUCACUGACACAGAGCAACUUCUUGGUGGCAAAAAUGAUAGACUUUUGCAAUAAAAUUGGAGAUAUAGAAUAUGCUCGUUUGCUAUUCAAACAAGUUGAAGAGCCAAACACGUUUUUGUUCAAUUCUAUGAUCCGAGCCUACACGUAUAAGAAGAUGUAUGUGUCCUGCAUACAUGCUUACACCCAGGUGCUGAUGAGGAGACAAACAACCAAAAGUGAGGAGUCUAUUUUUCCAGAUGCAUAUACAUACCCAUUUGUUAUUAGGUCAUGUGGUGGUUUUACUCACGCUCAUACUGGCAAACAAUUGCAUGGACAUGUUUUUGAACUUGGACUGGAGUCCAAUCACGUGAUUCAAAAUUCAUUGCUAGACAUGUACGUUAAGUGUGGCGGUGAAUACAACAUAAAUGAUGCACAGAAGCUGUUUGAUGAAAUGACCGUGAGAGAUGUGAUUUCUUGGAACAGUCUCAUUUCUGGGUACAUAAAGUUGGGCAAAGUCAAGAGGGCAAAAGCGUUGUUUGAAGAGAUGCCUGAGAAGAGCAUUGUUUCUUGGACGGCCAUGAUUUCAGGUUACACUAAGACUGGACGGUACGGAGAUGCAUUAGACGUUUUCAGAAGAAUGCAGAUGGUUGGCGGGCUGGAGCCAGAUUGGGUCAGCUUAGUUGCGGUCUUGCCGAGCUGUGCAUACCUGGGAGCACUGGAGGUUGGAGAAUGGAUUCACUUUUAUGCAGCAAAAAAAGGUUUCUUGAAGAAUACAUGUGUGUGCAAUGCAUUGAUGGAAAUGUACGCCAAGUGCGGGAACGUGGACAGAGCCCUGGAGGUGUUUGACCGGAUGAAGUCAUCAAGCCGGGAUGUAAUCUCAUGGAGCACGAUGAUUGUGGGGCUGGCAAAUCAUGGCAGGGCACACGAGGCCAUUGAGCUGUUCAAACAAAUGGAUGUUACGCCAAACGAGAUCACAUUCGUUGGGCUCUUAUCAGCCUGUGGGCAUGCUGGGCUUGUGGACGAGGGAUUGAGGUAUUUUGAUUCGAUGAGAGACGAUCACAACAUCACACCAGAAAUCCAACAUUAUGGCUGUUUGGUCGAUCUACUUGCACGAACGGGGAACCAAAAACGCGCUCUUGAAAUCAUAAACCGGAUGCCGAUGAAAGCGGACUCUGCAAUAUGGGGUUCCGUGUUGAGUUCUUGCAGAAGUGCUCGGGAUGUCGAGACAGCAGUGGUUGCGGCGGAACAUCUGGUGGAGCUUGAACCGGAUGAUAGUGGGAACUACGUUCUUCUGGCAAAUGUAUAUGCGGAUAUGGGGAAGUGGGAUUGUGUCUCCACCACGAGGAGAUUGAUGAGGAGGAAGACGAUGAAGAAAACACCAGGGUGCAGUCUCAUUGAGGUGAAUGGUUUGGUUCAGGAAUUUGUUUCUGGUGAUGAUUCUAAGCCGUUUGUGAAGGAUAUAUAUCAUGUUCUCCAUCAGCUUUUGAUCUUACAUGGAGAUGACGAUGAUGAUGGAGUUUAUGCUUUUCUUUGAUACGAUGAAUGAAUUUGGAUUGAUUGCUUUGGAAGAGAAGAAUACAUCAUCUUGGGAGAGUUCUGGCCCACCUAUCAUCAAAGCAAGAUAUUUUAAGGCAGCAUUUUCUAAGAUAUCUCCCUCCAUUUUGGAGAAGGUAAUUUGUAGUGCUAGAGUGGCCAUCGUCUUCUUUUAUUGGCAGUUCUAACAGGAAAAGAGUCCAUGAGCUCGGCCAAUCCAUAGAGCAAGCUGUUGGCAGAACAUGCAAAGGCACACAAAAUUGUUGUCAACACAACAACAAUGACAUCCUACGUAGAUGGGAACAAGAUGAUAUGGUGUCCUUCCGCACGGUGGGUUUGGUGCAAUAUUGAAGCCAGUUUUGAUGCUCUUUUGUGGGUUUAGAAACAUUCACAAAGUUUUCUUUUUUCUCCGAGAAAUUUUGCAAAAUAUUCUAGUUUUGACUAAUGUUUAUUUUGCAUUCAUUUUUCCUCUCAACUAGGCUUGCUGGUUUUUCCUAUGCUAAUUUGAAAUCCCUCCAAUGCUAUGCCUAUAUGAGUUGGGAGUUUGAGAUUUGACUCCAAGUAGAGGAAGGUACAAAUGCUAUCCAAUAG